CACAGACCCCGUUGUAGAUCUAUGUAGAAAUGACAAACAAGAUGGCAGCGAUUGUUACCUACAAGUCAUUCAACCUUCCGUAACAUCAUACUUAUUACGACAGAUUUUCCCCGAGUAAAGACAGUGAAUUUGAAAUAUUCAGCAGAGCGAGAUGGGGGACCGUUCGGAGUCCCUUGGGUACUCCCCUCAAAAGGAGACAAGUUACAGCGUUCUUUUGCCUUACGCUGAAGACAUUGAUCGUGAGUCGAAUGGAGUGCUUGCCGAAAUCAAAGGAAAUCUUGCAAGGUCCGUACAACUCCGAGACCUGAAGACGGGUGCACGGCAUUGGGUAGUACAAUUAGAGAGGUAUAUUUAUGUGUAUGGAUACAAGUUUUCCAAGACUGAUCAUGUCCUCCUCGUCAAACUCCUGUUUGACUUGGUGACGAUGCCUUCCAAGGAGUAUGCUUUGACAGAAAAGUUUGCUCUCAUUUUGAGCCUCUUAUUGAAGAAACGAAGCUUGUUGACACGUGCCGACUUGAUACUCCCUUGGAGGCCCUUGUAUAAAAUUGUGGAGGACUGGAGCAAGGAGGGAGCUGGAUGUAACGUGUUUCCUCCAAAGUUCGAAACGAAUGUCAAGAACGCAAUCAGGGCAUGCUCACAAUUUUUUCAUGAAGAUGCCACCCAGGAGAUGCUGGAUGAAUGGCGUCCCCUGCUGUGCCCCUUUGAUAUGCUGGUCAUAGGGGGUCUGCAGUGCUUAGAGAUGUUUCUCCCAACAUGCCUGCCUCCUGAGCUCCAUCACAAAGGAUUCAAGUUGUGGUUUGAAGAAUUUAUGGACCUGUGGAAAUCCUUCCAUAGCAUGCCCUCCUGGGAAGGGAGUCUUGUUAAUUUGUUUUCAAGACUAGCACAUGACAAUGUGGGCUACAUUGACUGGAAGCCGCAUGUUCCUAUGGUCUUCACCCGACUGCUGCGCAGUUUUUGCCUUCCUGUGGGCACAAAGCAGAUGACCCCAAACAGACAUCAUAAUGCAUAUGAGACAGCAAGUGUGUCUACUCUGAUUGUUGGGAUGAUGGGUGGACCAGAUGGAACUGUGCAAGAGCAUUUAACCAAACUUUUCAAAGCUUUGCAUUCAUUCUAUCAUCCAUCAAACACUGGCAGGUGGACGAUACGUCUUGGAUCAUUCUUGCAAACACUGCCAAGAAUGUUUGUUAGGCGCUUGAGAAGGGAGCGUUACAAGGAAUUAGCCUGGUUGACCCCCGUGCCUGACUCACACAAACUGACAGAUGCACAAGUCACAGAGUUUGUUGAAAGUCUCAAGUCCUCUGUGUUUGUGGCUAUGUUUGGGAAAUUUGGCAGCCAGGAUGCUUCCAUGGCUCUUCGAAGUUUAGCUACUCUCCGUCCUGAGAUUGUUGUUCCUCCUCUGUUGGAAAAGAUGUAUCCAGCGAUGGAGACACUGAUAGAGCCUCACCGUCUGAUUGCCUGCAUGAUUUGCAUUGUGUCUGUGGCGAGGCCUAUGUUGAUGUCCCCCAAGUACUACCCAGAGGGCCCCUCUCAUGUUCUUCCAUUGCUCAACCUGGCCUUACCUGGAAUUGAUGCGAAUGAUUUCAAGAAAACCUUGGUGACACUGCAGAUGGUCUCUACAUUUGUCUCUUUGGUCCCCAUAGUGGAUUCCUCUGAUGCUGUUCACACACUGCAAGACUUGACCGAGCAUGAGAAAGAUCUAUGCUCAGCAACUGCUCAGUUUGAGGACUUUGUCCUCUGUUUUCUAGACAGGGUACACAGCCUGAUAGAGAACAGCCGCCAAGAGGCAAGUUUUGGUGCCUUGGAGCGUGUCACUAUGGAGCAGUCGGUGAUGGAGAUGGGCCUGGCGUCCACGGUGUCUGCCAUGUUGCAGCAGUGCUCCACUCCAAUCUACAUGAGUGCUCUGAAAAAGAUCCACAGAUUUAUCACAACCAAUGUGUUUGAGGUGAAGGUCAGCGGAAAACUGGCUGCGAAUCUCUGCAGAUCAGUAAUUAGGAUCAAACCAGAAGUUGCCCUCAAGAUGUUUAUCCCCCACUUUUGUGCCAACAUCCAAGGAUUUCUGAAUGAUCAUCCAGGUGCAUAUGAGGAGGAGCAUUUGGACGACCCGUUCCUGUGGGACUUGCUCAUGUUAUCCCAUGCUGUCCGUUGUGAUGGUUCCAAGCUGCUGGAGUACAAAUCUGAGCUCAUGGGUGUGAUCCGGAACACACUCCGCCUCAAGUGUGUGCAAGGCUAUGAGCUGGCUGGACAAUUGCUGAGGAAUCUGCUCAAAGUCAUUGCUCAGAUGUACCCGCUCGAGUUCAAGAGUGUGGACCGAAACUUUGACAGCCCGGCCAACGAGUACCUCCCCAUCAGAGACUGGGGGGCAGCUGGAGACCUGGACAACCUGAAUGUCCAGUGGCAUAUCCCCUCACAGGAGGAGUUGUCUCUCGCCACAGAAAUUGUAGAAACGCUUCUCUUGCCAGAGAUACAGUUCUUUCAAAACAUCUCCCCAAGCAAUGAGACUUCCAAGGAAGAUGUGUUACGUCGACUCAACAUCGUGGUGGAGGUCGUCACUGGUGCUGGAACACAUCUACCUCCGUGGGAAGGGGAGAAUGUUCAACUAGUUGAGUCACAAGUGCCUCUUAUUCGCUUUAGUUGUUCAGUCAGCUCAGAAAAAAGAGAAAUAUCAGCAGGAGGGAAAAAUGUGCGAGCUGCUGUGCAUGAAGCGAUGAACCAUCUUUUGAAGUAUCUGAGCGAGUCAAGAGAGGAUGACACCAAGAGCACUUUUCAUGUCAUCAAAAUCUAUGAACUUCUGAUGAUGCAUUAUGGAACCAUGAAAAAUGAUUUUGAAGGUCGCUGGAAAAGCUUUCAUGUGGUCAAACAGGCUCUAGGAAAUUCGCUAACAUCAAAAAAGAGACACAUCCGGGCAUUACUUAUUGACAGGAUGCAGCUUCAACAUGAGAUUCGCAUGCUCAACUUUUGUGAUUGCCAUUUCACGCAACGACAUCAAACCAUGCUGAAUGAGCUGCUCAACUUAUCUGUCAGUCGUUAUCGAGAGGUGAGGAAGAAGGCUCAGGCGUGCCUCAACCAGGCCUUCCGAACUUACAGCUACUCCUACCUCACCUGUCUGCCCAAGGUGGUGAGCAAUUUGAAAGACAAGCAAGUGGAACAGCAUGUCUUCAAGGGCAGUUUGUACAUCGUGCAGGGCGGGGGUCGGGCAUGCCUGGCCACGAAGCGCAACUGGGAGACGUUGGCGGAGGUGUGGCCCGCCUUGGUGCAGGCCCAGCAGUAUGAGAAGCCUUCCAUCCUCCACGUGGUGGACGACAUUGUCAACAAGGUGUUCAAGUCGCUCGAGACUUUCUCCGUCACCUUCCAGGUGUCGGACAAGGUGAUCAGUACAGCAACAGAACUCAGUACAGCCUCCUCUGCCCCUGCUCCUUUAGUCGGCGCUGCUACCCAAGCAGAGCUGGAGAAGGGAGUUCAGUAUGAGAAGAAGAGAAAUGAUGCUGCAUUGAAGCACAACAAAAAGCUGACCGAUGAACUUCUUACUUUAGUUGAAAGCGGCACCUUGACAUGGAAAUUCAGCCAGAUUGGUUUUGAAUUUUUAGGCCUUGUACUCCAUGAUAAUAUCCCUACUCCAGCAUCUGUGGUGUCUCUAUUUGUGAAGAACUGCAACAGUGAACUUUUGUAUAUACGAAAACUCUCUAUUAGUGCAGUAACCACAAUUCUGGACCUUCAGAAGCAGAAACACAAGAAAGUGCCAAUUGAUCUAGAGAAAGCUGCUGGAGUUGGUCAGAUAAACCACAGCUCUCUGGUCCCGGGAGACAGGCCCGACAAUCGGUGGCUGCAGUACAACCCAGCAAACUUCAUCACCACCGAGGAACAGUGGAACAAGAUGGUCUUCAUUGAGAAAACGCACUGGGGAUAUUAUUGCUGGCCAAAAGAGCUGAAAGCUCCUGCACCCCUCAAUGAGCAGCCAAAAGUGAACAGAAGCAGGUCAGAGCUUGGGGAAGCGGAGCUGCCGUUCUAUGAUUCUUUUCUUCAAGAAGAAUAUGUGGCCAAGUUAUUUGAGUUCUCUGCACUGGAAGAAGAGAAGAGCACUGACAAGUUCAGGCAGUUCAUGCUCAAGUUUUACAAGAGUUUGUUCCGCAACUACGGUGUGACAUUCCUACCCAUCUUCAAACCACACAUUGAGAGGUUGGUGAGUGACACGAGCCACGACAAACAUGCCAGCAGUCAGCGCUGCGCCAUGGAGGCUUUAGGAGGCAUCAUCACAGGCUCCAAGUACUGGACCUUUCCGCAGUUGGAAAGUUUAUGGGCAUGGAUCACCCCUCUACUUGAGAAGGCUCUGAACAACCUGACUGUAGAAACGCUGAGUGACUGGGGCAACUUUUUCUUGCACAUAUGUGAGAACCGAACGCCCCACAAGCUCCAGUGGUUGUAUAAACUGUUACUACAGAAUCCGCUCAGUGGAGAGGGAGGAGCUUUUGGAGAUUCUGCUCGCCUCUACGUUCUACAGCAAGCCAUCCUCCAGCAAGAGUGGCGCAUUCCAGAUUACCUGCAUGCCAUCGUCAACUAUCUGAAGCCUCACUUGGCUCAUAACUAUAAGAGUGUUCGAGACAGGAUGGGAGCGCUUUUGAGCUCUUGCAUGCAUAUGGAUUUCUGCAUCAAGACAAACAGUGUGACCCGUUCUCCGAGACGAUGUGACCUCAUCAACUCAGUGCUCCCACAACUUGAGCAGUUCAAAGAGAUUUUCCAACCUGCCGCAGGUGCAUCGUCCAGUGUUGAACCAAUGGAAGUUGACGCAAACCCUGAUGACUCAGAGGAGAAAAAGGCAGCUGUUCGGUUGUGCAAAACAGUUGUGCACUGGGUGUCUACUUGCUUCCAGCGGAGUUUGAAUCCUUGUACAGUGGAGGUUUUCAACUUGCUUCCAAUUAUUGAAAACCUUCAAAGUGAAGCAAAUGAUGAAGAUUUAAGAGACAAUUGCAAGAGUGUGAUACUCAACCUUUCUCAAGUGCUCAUACCUGAGAAUGUCAUGGCACCAGCAUUUGCUACUAUUAAAGAGGUGUCUGGCCUCAAGUCUUGGCACGCCCGCGCAGCCAUCCUCAACUACAUGCAGCAGAUGGUGUUCGGCAACUUCUUCAACUUGCAGGACCCGGAGCAGAAGAAGAACGUGCAGUCUCUGUUGCUUCACUUGCUGUGUGACGAGCAGCUGGAGGUUCGGGAAAUGGCUGCUGUCACUCUGAGUGGAAUGAUCCACUGUGGAUUUGUGGACAUGAAUAAAGACAUGCUGGAUCACUUUGAGCGCCUCCGUUCCACCAAGGUGAAGAAAGUGAGGCGUAGCCAGGCCAUGCAGGAGCCCGUGUCUUUGCAGCGGCUGGUGCAGCGACAUGCGGGAGUGCUGGGUCUGAGCGCCUGUGUGCAGGCCUACCCGUACGAUGUGCCGGAGUUCAUACCGCAGGUCUUGGUGGACCUCAGCGUGCACGUCAACGACCCACAGCCUAUAGGGACAACAGUGACAAAGACCUUGUCCAACUUCCGGCGUACGCAUCAUGACAACUGGCACGACCACAAGAGGAUGUUCACCGAUGACCAGCUGGUCACUUUAACUGACCUUUUGAUCUCCCCAAACUACUAUGCAUGAUCAUGCGUUUUUGAUGUACGCGCUCUUCACAACAGCAGUUUGAAUGACUGCUGUGACUUCUGUCAGAUAAGUCGUAAUGGUUCCUCGCGCACAUUAACUCUGGGUCACUGUUUUUUUUCCUUCUUCUCUGAUAUGUGCUUCUUUUUGGUAGAUCAUGUUUAUUAUAAAUAGCUUAACAAAAACUAAACAGUUGACUAAAACGGAAUAUCUGUCACUCAAUUGUGAUGUUCGAAACAAAUAGCAAAGUACUUAAAAAGUUUGCAACAGCUUGAAGUUUUGUUUUUCGUCAUGAGCUUGCCCUAUUCUGUUCAAUUUCAAGAGAGCUGACUUUUUGGAUUAUAUGAACAGUGUGUCAGAGUUGACUUGUGUGUCAGAAUUUACAGUUCUCAACUUGUUGCUGAAGCAGCCCGGUGGAUUUUCCAGUUGUUUUGUUCGUUCCACUGAACACGAAGGCUGCAUUGGCCCAUUGUCACUAUUAAGGCAGGUGCCUCUGGCCUGUUCGAAAUGUUUUUUUUUUCUAUCAUUGUGCAUCUUGCGUGCUCACUGCUUCCUCACACAGAUAAACUUGGUUACAGAAUGUUCAAAGCAGUUUCUAGAUCAAAAUGAAAGGUAGUAUUCUCUCUGUCUGUAAAUUGAGCAUGCUAUGUCUUUUAAAAGUUUACUUUGUUUGUCUUAUAGAAUGUUAGGUUAAACUGUCUUUGAUUGUCUCUUAACAAUAUUGAAAUGUUGUUUAGUGAAGUUUUUGCAACCAUCAAGAAAUACUUUUUGGAUUGAUAUAGUGUUUUUGUUUAACCCAACCCUCGUAUAGCUGUAUUUUAACAAAGUGCUUUUAAUAGCACUUUAAUAAUAUUAGGAUUAAGUGCUGUGUGGGUCAGCACAGAGAGAUGUUUCAUCUCCAUCUUUCCUGCUGGACGAGAGGAACAAAUUACACUUGUACCACCUUUGGUAUAAACCUUAUGAUAUGAAAAGAGAUUGCCACUAUGUUUUUUAACUUGGAUGUUUGGACAUGAUAUUGGGACAGGUUGCAUAGUAUAUUAAAUAUAUCUUACUUUUUCACGGGAUAUUAACCUUGCUGUUUUUAAUAUUUUUGAUUAUAUGUGCUGAAUGCUUCUGUGUUGCUGUUAUUGAGUAGGGCGUAUACAAAGUCAGGACUUGUAGCAUUAUAUUUUAACGUUUUCGUUUAACUGACAUGCCCAUAUGAUAUACCAAUUUGUGGAAUGAAUUUUGUUAAUCUUUAUUCAGUCUGGUAACAUGUCCACUCCUGCAAAUCAUUUGUCAUUAAUGAAAGUUAAUAAAGUGGUGUUUUGAUU